CUGGAUGUAGAGGUGGGAUUGCGAGAAUCGAAAGGUUGGUGAGCCCACACGCUCAGCUUCCCAGAAAGUACGUUUAGCAAUAAUUUACUAUUCUCUUCCUCACGCGCUCUGCUCGGUCGAAGGCUACAUGGUUUCUGGAAGUGUACAAUAAGGGUUUUCUCCCUUCUUUUGCCGUCAAUCUCUACGACAGGCUUGGAGAAGGGGCGCUCGGACAGUGGAAGCCCUCCCCUCCGCUCGGAUCUGCCUUGGUAGUUUACAGGUUGGAAAGAUGUGGAUGAGGGCUGAAGUCUAGAGCCAAGGGCAUUGGGGUCUGCCUGCCAUUGGCUCACCAGUUUGCUCAUUAAGGGGAGGCUCCACCCUUACCUGGGUACUGACCAGACUGAGAGUGCUGCCUGGCUCCUCCCUCAUCAGCCCCCGUCCCCUCCCCAACCCCGCCCCCCUUCCCACGCACAUACCCCAGGCUGGACCAUGUCUGGCGGACAGUCAGAGGGCAGCCGUACACCCAAGGCCCAGGACAAGGACAAGGACCAGGACCUGGACAAGCACAUCUGCCGGGAGGACAGUCCAGUCGUGGAACGGCGCAACCGGAGCGGCAUCAUCAGCGAGCCCCUCAGCAAGAGCCUAAAGAGGUCUCGCACCCUCUCACAAUACACUGCCGCCCAUCCCCAGACUGCCAACGGACUGAAACACAACGGCCAGGCCAAGAACCACGCGGAAAAGCCCCAGCCCGCCCAGCAGCAGCAGCAACAGCUACCUUCCGCCUCGGCCUUGGUGCCGAGCAAGCUGGACCGGACCCUGGAACAGGUGCUGGAGGGACAGAAUGGCCUGUUGCACUUUGCCCAAGCAGCUGCACUGCUUAAGCGGGCGGGCAUGGAGCACAUGCUUCUGCCAGGGGGCAUGGGAGUGGGCAUAGGAGGGGUGGGGGGCGAGGUGGGAUCGGUUGACCUGGAGGGAGCGGCAGUGGCCGACACAGUCGGAGGUCACACAGACUUCCCGUACGGCAUGGGCGGAGGCUUCCCCUUCAAUCCCGGCCUCUUCAUCAUGACGCCCGCCGGAGUCUUCCUCACUGACAGUGCACUGCACAUGGCCGGCUUGACGGAGUACCCUGUGCAAAGUGAGCUGGCCUCCGCCAUUAGCUCCGGGAAGAAGAAAAGGAAACGCUGUGGCAUGUGCCCACCUUGCCGGCGCAGGAUUAACUGCGAGCAGUGCAGCAGUUGCCGGAACCGCAAGACGGGCCACCAGAUCUGCAAAUUUCGCAAGUGCGAGGAGCUCAAGAAGAAACCGUCUGCUACACUGGAGAAGGUGAUGCUGCCGACGGGAGCAGCGUUCCGGUGGUUCCAGUAGGACUGUGACCUCUGAACUCCACCCAAAGCUCUGUUAUCAAGUGCAAUGCCAACUCUCGCUUGGAUCAUCAUCUCGGGCACCAACACUGGCUGACAAACACAAACUACAUGAAAAAAGAGAGAAACACAAGACAAAUAUGAAAAAAAGUCAUCACAAGAUACAGAACAAUACAGCAACAAUACAAAAUGAAUCAAACAAUUAAUGGAUGCACCUACUUAUUCCUUGAACCAAAAAUUAAACAUAAAUAAAAAUAUUUAUGGCAACUUUCAUUCCCUUUUAUAUGUUUCCAUUUUGGUACCUUUUGUCCAUUUUUCCAGCAGAUUUUUUUCUGUGGCUUAGACAAGGGAACUGUUCAUUGACAAACAGAAAUGGCGGACUCAGUGUGGACAAUCAACAAAAUUUCUGUGUUUGGUGUUAAUGUUGUUCACGUGUGGAAAGAUACUUGUGUAGAGAAUGUACAUUUUAUGGCUAUAUUUUAAAAUUAGUGGCUAAUGGCAAGCACUAUUGUAAUUUAGGACCAUUGUUCUUACUUAAAAACUCUGUAUUUUAUGAUUGUUUUCCUUUGUUUUUAGUUUGAUUUAAAUGUAUAGUUUUGAAAACUGAUCAAUGUCUGUCUUUCAAGGGAAAAGUAAAUAUUCAGAAAUAUACAAAUCUAGUUUUCUGAAUUGAACAAGAACAAAUAUGCAUUAUGAAAAACCCUAAUCCAGCAACAGUGUAAUUGAAACAUAAAAAUGCCAUUGUUUCUCUAGGGUUGUUACUACUGGAAGCUCCAAACAUAUAGUAACAUUUAGUUUUUUCUGUUUUACUGUACUGGCAGUCUUUUGUUCUAUUAUGCCAGAUUGCAUCAUAUCACAUCAUGUAAUAUCACGUGACAUCACAUUUCAUAGGGAUCUGUUAUGUCACGUGAUAUUACGGAUUGUCAGAUUAUUGUGUUCUCAGUGUUCAGGUCUGAUUUUAUAAGGAGCCCUCCACAGCACUUGCUUGGCUCAAUUGAACGCACUGAAAGAAAUAACUUUUUGUUUUGUUUUUGUUUUUUCAUGACAUUGCCAUUAGUGACAUCUUUUAAAAAAGAGCAGCAAUGUUUGUAUUGGAUUAGAACUAUGGGCUGGUUUUGUGAAUAAAAACAAAUGCAUGUAUUUGUGUCAAAGAUUUACAGCUCCGACGUCCGUCUAUUUGCAUGUUUUUUAAGAAACAGCAUCAAACUUACAAAAAAAUAAAAAAUAACAAUGUGGAAAUGUUCGCAAAUCAUCUAGGUUGAUCCAAACCGUAAAAUAAAGCAAUGGGACAAGAUAUUUUCUUUUGAGAUCAACAUGUUUCACCAAGAGUCUUUACUUUCUUUUCUCAUCACAACAUGAAAAAUUAGAUCUUGAUGUAUGAAACAUUUGAUAGUAUAAAAAUGACAGUGAAGAUGCACUGAAGACUGUGGAAUGAAGUCCUGCUGGGACUGUCUGUGGCCCAUUGAUCUUACAACUCUAAUAUCACUUGCAUUCCUUCUUAAGAUACCAUCUGACAUUUAAAGGUAAAAACA